AUGUGCGUCAACGAGGAUCAAAGUUCGAGCUCAUGUCCGAAGCCCAUCAAGAUCCGGCAGGUGUGGGCCCAUAAUUUAGAAUCCGAAUUCGAAUUGAUACGCUCCGUGAUCGACAACUACACUUACAUCUCCAUGGACACGGAGUUUCCAGGCCAGAUAUUCCGGCAGCCGUACAGACACGAUUUACAGCCUUCCGAUCACUACAAGACUCUCAAAUCCAACGUCGACGCCCUCAACCUCAUCCAGGUUGGCCUCACCUUGUCCGACGCCCACGGCAACCUCCCCCACCUCGACUCCUCCUCCACGAGCUUCAUCUGGGAGUUCAACUUCAGCGACUUCGACGUCACGCGUGACCCCCACGCUCCCGACUCCAUCGCCCUCCUCCGCAGCCAGGGCAUCGACUUCGACCGCAACCGGUCCGAGGGGAUCGAUUCGGCCAAGUUCGCUGAGUUGCUGAUGUCAUCGGGUCUCGUCCUGAACGAGUCUGUGAGCUGGGUCACGUUCCAUAGUGCGUACGACUUCGGGUACCUGGUCAAGAUUUUGACCGGCCAGCAAUUGCCAAGUGGCUCGAAAGACUUGGAGGAGUUUUUGAAAAUUGUGCGGGUCUUUUUCGGAAAUAGAGUUUACGACGUGAAGCACAUGAUCCGCUUCUGUGAUGGCUUGUACGGAGGGUUAGAGCAAGUUGCGAAACGUUUGGAGGUGAACCGGGCUGUCGGGAAGUGCCACCAGGCCGGUUCAGAUAGCUUGCUGACGUUGCAUACGUUUCAGCAGAUUACGAAAAAGUGUUUCGCUAAUUAUAACGAGGUGGAGAAGCACGCGGGAAAGUUGUUUGGACUGGCAGUGGUUUGA